AUGUCCGGCCCCUACGAUCAGAGCCAGGGUUACUACGGCCAAGGUGGCUACCCCCCUCAGCAGGGUGGAUAUCCUCAGCAGGGUGGUUACCCUCAGCAGGGCGGCUACCCCCAACAGGGCUAUGGUCAGCCCCAGUACGACCAGGGAUCGUACAACCCCCAGUAUGACAACCAGCGCAGUUCUUCCGGUGACUACUACGGUGGUCACCACCAGCAGCAGCAAUAUGGUCAGGACCAGUACGGCCAAUCUCAAUAUGGUCAGGAUGGUCCCGGAGGUGCCCAGGAGGGUGAGCGUGGUCUCGCCGGUGCCCUUGCCGGUGGUGCAGCAGGUGCCUGGGGUGGUCACAAGGUCAACCAUGGAUUCCUUGGUACAAUCGGUGGUGCUAUCGUCGGAAGUCUGGCCGAGGAUGCGAUGAAGAAGAAGGGCCACAAGAAGGAGGAAGAGCAACAAGGCUACUACGGUGGCCAGUCCCAGUACGGUGGCUCUCACCAGUCCGGCCACAACUCGACCCUCGACUCCCUCGGCAGCUUCUUUAAGAAAUGA